UUUCCCGUGAGCCCUUGGGGAGUGGUCCGACCGCGGGCGGCUGCGGGUGAGGAGCGGGGCGGGGGUCGGGGGGAGUCAUGGCUCGGCGCGGCUGGCUGCUGGCGCCCCUCCGCCGCGGUGUCGGCGGCGGCGGCCCCCGGGCUGGCCGGCUCAUGCGGCCGCUCUGGUUGCUCCUCGCAGUGGGCGUCUUUGGCUGGGCCGGGGCUUCGGACGGCGCUGGCGGAGCGGCGAGAGCCAUGGACGAGGAGAUCGUGUCCGAGAAGCAAGCGGAGGAGAGCCACCGGCAGGACAGCGCCAACCUGCUCAUCUUCAUCCUGCUGCUCACCCUCACCAUUCUCACAAUCUGGCUCUUCAAGCACCGCCGGGCCCGCUUCCUGCACGAAACUGGCCUGGCUAUGAUUUAUGGUCUCUUGGUGGGCCUUGUGCUUCGAUAUGGCAUUCAUGUUCCAAGCGAUGUAAACAAUGUGACCCUGAGCUGUGAAGUGCAGUCAAGCCCAACUACCUUAUUGGUAAACGUUAGUGGAAAAUUUUAUGAGUAUACGCUGAAAGGAGAGAUUAGUUCACAUGAACUCAAUAACGUUCAAGAUAAUGAAAUGCUUAGAAAGGUUACUUUUGAUCCAGAAGUAUUUUUCAACAUAUUACUUCCCCCUAUCAUAUUUUAUGCAGGAUAUAGUCUGAAAAGAAGACAUUUCUUUCGAAACCUUGGGUCUAUCCUAGCAUAUGCUUUUCUUGGAACAGCGAUUUCUUGUUUCGUAAUUGGGUCAAUAAUGUACGGCUGUGUAACACUGAUGAAAGUAACUGGACAACUUGCGGGAGAUUUUUACUUUACAGAUUGCCUGCUCUUUGGUGCCAUUGUAUCGGCAACUGAUCCAGUGACUGUUCUUGCCAUAUUCCACGAGCUUCAAGUUGAUGUUGAACUCUAUGCACUUCUUUUUGGUGAAAGUGUCCUCAACGAUGCUGUUGCCAUAGUGCUGUCUUCCUCAAUAGUAGCAUACCAGCCAGCUGGAGACAACAGCCACACCUUUGAUGUCACAGCCAUGUUCAAGUCUAUUGGGAUUUUCCUUGGGAUCUUCAGUGGAUCUUUCGCAAUGGGUGCUGCUACUGGAGUGGUGACAGCUUUAGUGACAAAGUUCACCAAAUUACGGGAGUUCCAGUUGUUGGAGACAGGUUUGUUCUUCUUGAUGUCCUGGAGUACCUUCCUCUUGGCUGAAGCAUGGGGUUUCACAGGUGUGGUUGCAGUGUUGUUUUGUGGCAUCACACAGGCCCAUUAUACAUACAAUAAUUUGUCCACGGAGUCUCAGCAUAGAACUAAACAGUUGUUUGAGCUUCUCAAUUUCUUGGCAGAGAAUUUCAUCUUCUCCUACAUGGGGCUGACGCUGUUCACCUUCCAGAACCAUGUCUUUAAUCCAACAUUUGUAGUAGGAGCAUUUAUUGCUAUUUUCUUGGGAAGAGCUGCCAAUAUUUACCCCUUGUCCCUCUUACUUAAUUUGGGUAGAAGAAGUAAGAUUGGAUCAAAUUUUCAACACAUGAUGAUGUUUGCUGGCCUUCGUGGUGCAAUGGCAUUUGCCUUGGCCAUUCGAGAUACUGCCACUUAUGCACGGCAAAUGAUGUUCAGCACCACACUUCUGAUUGUGUUUUUUACUGUGUGGGUAUUUGGUGGUGGCACCACUGCCAUGCUGUCAUGCCUGCAUAUAAGGGUUGGUGUUGAUUCAGACCAAGAACAUUUGAGUAUUCCUGAAAAUGAGAGAAGAACUACCAAAGCAGAGAGUGCCUGGCUCUUCCGGAUGUGGUACAACUUUGAUCAUAACUACCUGAAGCCUCUGCUGACGCACAGCGGGCCUCCUCUUACGACAACACUCCCUGCCUGCUGCGGACCCAUUGCGAGAUGCCUAACCAGCCCCCAGGCUUACGAAAACCAGGAACAAUUGAAAGAUGACGACUCUGAUCUUAUUCUCAAUGACGGCGAUAUUAGUCUGACGUAUGGGGAUUCUACUGUGAACACUGAGUCAGCGACAUCCGGUGCCCCUAGGAGAUUUAUGGGAAACAGUUCUGAAGAUGCCUUGGAUCGGGAGCUUGCGUUUGGGGACCACGAACUGGUCAUUCGGGGAACACGCCUGGUCCUUCCUAUGGAUGAUUCUGAACCCCCAUUAAAUUUGUUAGAUAAUACGAGACACAGUCCAGCCUAAGCUUACUAAUACUCACUUAGUGAUUUGUAAAAUUUGCACAUGUGAUUGUGAAGAAAUUCGUACUACCUAAAAAGUCCCAGUGCAUGUCUCUGAAUGUUUAAGCUAUAUAAAUGCUAUUUAUAUGGCAUCGAAAGAAGAUAAAUAUCCUGUACAAGGCAGAUUGUGAACAAACUAUUCUUUUAUGUUUUAUUGGCUGCACUAUGUAGACUGGAUCUGUUUUAGAAAGUUAUUUUCACAGUGAUGUUGUGUGUUCCGUUAGCUUUAUGUCUCAGUUAAAGUAUAAAAAGUGACAGUUUUACUCUUUCUUAUAUUUACCUGACACUUAACCAGAGUACCAAGUUCUUGUGAUGUGAAUUCAUUUUGUUUUGUGGGAGGGGAGGGAGAGGAAAGAGGGAGUGUGAUUUCUGGGGGAGCCCAGGGAGGAGAGGUUCCUUUGUUGGGAAACUUGUGUUGCUCGUUGCUGUGUUUGUUGGGACCUUUUUCUUUCCUUUUUCUCUGGUGGCCUGUUGUGGCGCAAGAGGCUGAUGGCAUUCAGAUCUUGCCCCAUUCAGGUUGAUGAGUGAAGUGUGGGGGCCCUUUGCCCCCUUGCUGCAAAAGAACAGAUUCGUUGAGUACAGUCCACUGCUGUUCAGAAAGGAAGGCUGCAAAUGACUUCCAAGACUUUGUUUCCUUUCUUCCAGACCAGGACCGCAGAAGGAGUCACAUCCAGCCAGCUUAGCCAAAGUACAGGUGUAUAUAGUUCAGGACACUUGAUUUCCAUUUGGAGGGACUAGGGCGGGUGGAGACGGGCCGAGGGCAGGAGGGGAGUGAAGAGAAUGGUGGUUUCGGAGAUCUCUCUUCCCAAAUAUGUAAAUAUUCUAUACUAGAUAAGUUUAAAUAAGAAACUCAAUUGCUGCUUACUUUUUGAUUAUGUACUUUAUCUGUAUAGCAAGCUUUGUGGUCAGAAGUUUUUAUAUCGAUUUAAAUUGCUGCUCUUUAGCAGCCAAACAGGAGCAAAAUGUAAAAUUUUUGAACUUACUGUGUCUAAUUGUCAUUCGUUAGUCUGUAGUUGAUGUUAAAAGUUAAUUUAUGAAUCCAUGUGUGUUCCACACUACACCAGAGUCAGCCGGAAGAGAAAUACAGUGCUCUGGAGAGCUUCUUGUAAAGGCAGGGACUCCUUUGUGUGCACCGGGUGUAGUCGUCUUCAUUGUCAUGUUACUUUUUAAUAUGAACUAUCUAAGCUGCCAUGUGUUCUUUUUUUUACAGUUUUCAAGGAAGAGUAGAUAACAAUUUCCCAUUUCAUACUCAGAGUACGAAAGUGGAUGCUAUUUUGUAAUGCUGGCAAUACCUAAAGGUGCAUUGAACGCUCAGAAGGGGGAUACUUUCUGAUGUUGAUUCUGACCUGUUAAUGUUUCCGAAGAAAAAUAGAAACUUUUGUGGUUUUCCCCCCCUCAGGUCUGAGUAGCAUUGCCUUAAAUCUUACCCAAUUCAAAAAUUGAUUUGUUUACAUGAUGUUCAAAGUUUCCAAUGAAAAAUGUCUUUUCAAACGAAAUAUGUUCUUAUUCCCCCAAAGGUGUCUGCUGUUGUAAACACUCCUUGAGAUUUUUAAGGGAAUUCUGUCGUACCCGUGAGUGGCAGCUCUAACUGUUGGCGUAGCCAUUUGUUCUGUAGUGGUAGUGAUUUUCCUGCUAUGCAGGAACCCCGUGAAGUGUGCAUUUUAUAUGAUGUGUGCCUCUUCAUGCAGUCAGUAAUUUCUUGUUAAUGUAUGUUUGAGGGGCUUGGAACUUCAGCGUCAUUUACCCACGAAGUUAUUCAAGUUGUAAAAGGUUAUACGAGAAAUUAACAACUACUUUUUUUAUUCUGUCAGGUUACUGAGCUCACUUUGUGAAAAUGGCUGUAAAUACUUAGCAUGCCCAAUUCAGUAACUCGUCUGUUUCAGCAUGCAUAAGACUUUUUCUUAGGGAAACUGGUAAAGCUUGAGUCAACUCAAUCUGCCUUCGUACUUUAUCAAAGGGGAACCAAGCCUGCUGUGCUUACAUCAGCAUCUGGAAGAUUCUCCUCUCCUCUAAUCUGUGUGCACAUCUCCAAGCAAAGAAGAAAAAAGAAACUGCUCAUCCAUCUGUUGGUUUUAGCCACCUGAAUGAACUCGGAUGAAGUACAGUCUGAGUUACCAUCAUGCACAAGUAGAACCGCUCUCGAACUUGCUUUUCUGUUCUUUGUGGACCCUACACGUUUGAAUAACUUGAACGUUGCAUCUUUUAAAGUUAUUUUUUAAGGUUCCUUGGCAUUUGACCCUAGUUGUCUGUGUUUGGCAAUGUGCUGUUAAAGUGAUAGACUUUUAAUCUUUAUGUAUUUUUUGUUUUCCCUUGGAGUACUUGGACAGAUGUUAUAGUGGUUUCUUUUAGGAAAAUCUGUCAUUAAAAAAAUUAUAGCCUUGCAAAUAACCACUCACCGUAUUUGAGUCACAGUUUAUUCUAGUGAAAAGGAAAGAGUGCUGACUUCAUUCAUUUUUCUACCUAUAUACCUACUGGGAAAGGAGGAAGACUGAUGUUUAAAAAAGAAACAAAGAGAAACCUAA